CUUUUCUUUUCGGGGCAUAUUUGUUUUGGUUGGUGCGGCCUUUUUCUUUUGCUAUUGCCCCCCCACCUGGCGCCCACCACCAACCAGCCUUUUCUGCUUUGGACAUUUGUGCAGAUUCUCGGGAUAUGGGAAAAAGCGUUGACGAACAAGACGGUUGGUUUUAAGGGACGCCUUGUUCAACGGAACGGUUACAUAAAUCUAGUCCCCCCUACCUAA